ACUGUGCUCACCAGCGGGGAAGACUUCAGUGUCCCAGAAAAAAAUCAUAUAAAAAGGAAGCUAGGCAGAGAAACAUCAAAGUACUCAACCCACCAACGGAAGCUUGGUAUCCCUUUGGCUUUCACAUCCAAAAAGAAUGGACACAAUCUCCAAACUGAUGGCAGGUGUUCUACUGCUGACUGUGUGUUUGGAAGGCUGCUCCAGCCAGCACUGGUCCUAUGGGUUGCGCCCUGGGGGAAAGAGAAACACUGAACAUUUGGUUGAUUCUUUCCAAGAGAUGGGCAAGGAGGUGGAUCAAAUGGCCGAACCCCAGCACUUUGAAUGCACUGUCCAUUGGCCCCGUUCACCCCUCAGGGAUCUGCGAGGAGCUCUGGAAAGUCUGAUUGAAGAGGAAGCCAGGCAGAAGAAGAUGUAAAUGCACUGGCCCAGAAGGAUCCUCAACACCUGAGUAUAACACUGACCCUGAGACUUGUGACCUGUUACAGCUCUGUAAUUGUGUGGGCUUCAGCGUUUUUAUACCCAGCAGCAUAGACUUCAUAAUAAAAUAAUGUGUUGUGGA